GCUGUGAAGAUCAUGCAAACCAUAUGGAACCAUAAUAAUCUUACUCCACUAAGAAUCGCUUUGCUCGGUGGUCUAACUCUGGAGUUGCGUUCUCGGGCCAACACCCGCGUGAGCCGAAGAAAAAUUAUAAUAAGUGUCGCCAAUCGUAGAUAUGACGUGACAAUCUCCUUCACCCCACCUUUGCGUAAGUUGGCGAAGCGAAUCGAAAAUCACUACCCUGGAAAUAGGCAUGGAAAAGCUUUUGGGAUACUAAAUACUGAAAAAGCCGACAAAAGUUUCAACAGUUUGGAGAAGAGGAAAGAAAAGCACAAAACGGUAGUGAAAUUAGAGAUAGUGGAUAUUUUGGAUCAUUUAAACCUUAGACUAUAAGUCAUUAUACUUAGGGAAUUACGGUGUUGUGCAGAAUUACUUUGUCGAUUGAUUUCGAUUGACUACAGCGUUUUGUUCCAUUUUGUGGAAUUGUUUGAAUCGCUUAGGGGAAGGAUUCCAAAGAAUACAAAUAUAAUGGAACUCUCCAAAAAAACUUGGGGAUACAUGCAUCACAACUGUGUAAUUCAGCUGUGUGAUUGCAAUCAGCUCUGUUUUAAAGAACUGAUCACUGCGGCGCCGAUCUUCACGGCGUUCAAAUCCCAUCCAGACCGCCACCCAGCACGUUGGACUUUCCAGCUACGGGUAAAAUCAAGUCACAGAAAACCAGAAAUGGCAGGCAGAGAACUCACGAGGUUGUAGCACCAAAGAUCAAGAAGUCGUAAGGCCAGGCCAUUUCUGAAGAAUAAAAAAAUAUAUUGAUAGCUAAAUCAUCAGUCCUGUAUCUAAUAUUUUAGUUCAUGUUAACUGAGACAAAAUCUACAGAAAAUUCCCCAUGUCGAAUCUCCUACACCAAGGUCCUUUCACACUAAGAAUAGUUGACGGGGUAACACUUUCUUUGCGGUGAGCGUAGUACCCUGGCAUGAUUGCACAAGAAAUUAUUAGC